UUGGGAUUAUUUAGGAAGGCUUGUAUCUUUCUGAUCUCCAAAAAUUGCUAGUUUGCUUCUAGUAACAGCGAAAGAAAUGGCAGAAUCUGCGGUGAAAGAGGCUGCAGCUAAUGAAGGCGAAGAAGAGAACGUGGAAGAGAAUAUUGAAAAUAAAGGUCCUCUGGAUACGGAUAUGGACAUGUUUGCUCUUGCAGAGUUAAAUCUUAUUCUGGUUCUUUCUUCGCUCUCGUUAUCCUCGGAAGAAUGUCCAAAUCUCAAGGGAAAAAGUGUCGAAAAUCGUAAGGAAAAACAUAAAGUAUCGACUUUACAAACAAGAAGACCAAGACCAGAAAUAAAUGAACUUCGAAGCGCAAAACGUCAAAUUUCAAGAGUCCAUACCAAUAUACGGGAUUGCAGGCACUGCAGGAGAAUGUGAUUUUGAGAAGACAUGUUGAUCUUUCAUCGAAGUAUGGUUACCAAUUGUGCCUCGGGUCGAGUCAAUAAUUGUUCAUGGCCUAUUUACACACGAUAGAAUUAAAUUUACUAAAUUUUUUGAAACAUGUCGUGUAUAUUCUAUGUACCAUAGUUCCUCAGAAUUGGAAACAAAUGAAACACAUAAAAUUAUCAUUAAUGCAUGAAUUCGUUCAUGAAUGAAAAGACGGUUCCUUCGACCACAACGUAGAAACAUAAACUUACAAUUUAUCUAGAACUCGGGAAUUAAGUUCAUUAAAA